AUGGCCGCACAACCCAUCAUCAAGUACCCCUACCUGAUUUCCAAAACUUUGGAUCCUAUUUUUGGCUUUGCCGUUGGAAUCAUGGCAUUUGGCACCUAUGAAAAGCGUGUUGGUCGUGAAGACGGUCAUACCCUCAAGGAUCUCGUCAUGGCUAAAUUCAUAGGCACCAAGGCAGAGCCCGCAGUCGUUGAGACUUCUUCAGCCACUCCGGAAACUGCUGCAAAGUCUAACUAA